AUGGACCCAGUUCUAGAAGAAGCAGAGGUCGCAACCCUCGGCGAUGAAGCUCGACUGAAUGGCAUUGACGAUGAAGAUCUCGUCUCCGACGCCGAUUCCGAUGAGAUGGAGCUUCGAGGAGAUAUCGCAAAAUUUGAUCAGUCUGUUCGAGAGUUCCUCUCUUCCCACCACGGUAGUGGAACAGGCGGCGGCGGCGGUAACGAUGACGAUGAUGAAGGCGGUAUCAGAAGGCCCCCCCCCAUUUCAAAGGGCAGAAAUAACACGCGAGGUGGUGUUCGAGGGCCCCGAAAAGCUGCUGAGCCUCGAGGCGACAUCAAGCUUCGUCUUGCAGGAGUCAACCAGGCUUUCAUGAGCGGCGAUUAUACUCGCGCUCAGAACCUAGUCUUCGAAAUCAUUAGAAUCAACGCCGAAACCCACCAAGCGUGGACUGUCUUGGCCUCCAUCUUCCGGGAAGAGGGUCUCAACGACAAAGCCUUGAUGGCUAUGGUCAUUGCCGCUCAUCUGCGGCCCAAGGAUUUCGCAGCCUGGAUGAAUUGUGCGUCGUUUGCCAUGAGCCUUGCCGAGACUGGUCAGGAGGGUGCUCUCAAGACAGCACUUAUGUGCUACUCGUCUGCAAUCAAAGCUCAGCCGACCAACCUUGAUGCGAGACUGGGUAGAGCUGAAGCAAGCCAUCGCCAGGGGUUCUUGUCUCAAGCCAUCACCGAAUUUUCCUACGUUAUCGAGCGCCGCCCGCUAGACAUAGAUGUUGUAAGAAGAUUGGCCGAGGCUUGCGCUGACUCCAGUGGCAUGGAGGACGUUCAGAAGGCUGUUUCAGCAUACAAGACAUACUUUGCGCAUGCACGAACAGCAGAUCGUGAAGUGGAGAGGGAGCUUUCGUGGCACGACGUCAGCAUAUACGUGGAACUCUUUGCUUGCGCCGGAGACUUCACAAACGCCAUCGCGGAGCUCAAGUCGCUUUCGCGCUGGCUACUUGGGCGACAGGAUGAUCACAAGUGGGACGGAUGUGUCGAUGACAGGGAAUGGGAUCGUGAUGACUCGCGUCGUACCGAGUUUCAUUCGUUUGAACCUUCUGCUCACGACCUGUAUUCCUAUGGCCUAGGAUUACCUUUGGAGUUCAGGGCUCGUCUUGCCUUGUACCGGCUGAAGAUCCGAGAUGAGGAGGAGGCGAACGGCCACCUCCAGUGGCUAGACCCAACUGAAUCCGCCACGGCUACGGCUAUUGGAGACUUUCCUUACCUAAUUCGUGAUAUUGCCGACGAACUCUUCGCCGUUCAGCGUUACCCCGAGGCACUUGACUACUACGAACUCCUUCGGCAUUCUAUAUAUGGCCAAGACGCUACUCUGCUUCUGCACCUUGGCCGCUGCUACCUGACCAAAUCUGAUCUUGUUGCAGCGGAAGACUGCUUUCUUGUGGCCAUUGAGGUCGACGAGAGCAACAUCGAUGCCCGAAUCGAGCUGGCCAGGAUCUAUGAAAAGGCCAAGGAGGAAGAAGAGGCUCUCAUCCUUGUCACAGAAGCCAUUGCUCUCCAGGGCAUCAACGAUGACGGUGACCAGUUUGGUGAUGGCAGGGCAGAUCUGGGAGGCGAUCUCAGCCGGUCUGCUUCAGGAGCCCGCGCUUCAGCCUUAGCCAACCGCAACAAACCCCGACGUAAGCGGGAGACCAAGCGUGGGCCGGCUAAUAGCGGCAUCGUUCGACCAAGAUACCGCCCCAAGAGACUGGUUGCUCCGGAUCAGCGCAUGCAAGAAGAACGUGCGCGGGCCGAUGAGCUCACCAGACGCUACGAGGUUGUGCGCAACCUGAAGAAAGACAUACAGGCAGGUGAUCAUUCAUUGAUACCGACGUGGAUGGCAGCGGCUGGCGAGCUCGUUGGCGAGUUCAGAUCCUUUAGGAAGUUCUAUCCUUGGGACAAGUAUCUCAAGUUCCUCGGCGCUGCCAAUGAUGUCGUUUUCAGCGCUUCAUCGAGGACGCAGCCAGUUCUCUCCGAGUUGGCCGAAAGACUUUCAAAAAACAUGGCUCCGUCGCUCUCUGACGACAAGCGAAUGAACGUCACGUACGAAGAUGAUGGCUAUCGCGGAAUCCCUUUCGGCGAAUGGCUUGAGCUCUUUCUCGACUACGCCAUAAGCCUGGCGCUAGCCAACCGUGCAGAGGAGGCAUACCAGGUUUGCGAAGCGGCGCGAGAUUCCAUUGUCUUCGUCAACUCCAAGGAUUACAUGUUCUUGAUCCAUGUAGCAUGGGCCGCUUGUGCGAUAUAUCUUUCCGACGAGGAGAUGUGCGUGGCCGUUGCCAGAUUCUUCAUGAAGGUUCGGCAGUUGGACUCGGAUUCAUAUCGCAUGUUUGCCGCCUUGUGCAGACUGUGUCAGUCCCCAGCCUCGUGGUACAAUUCCGGACCCGCCCAGAAAUACAUACUGCGCCAGAUUAAGAUCAUUGAUGCAUCUCACUUUGCCACGACACACACAGAACGGGGUCAUGAAGCUGUGGUCGGGGACCGGGCAGGCACCGCCGAAGCUAAACAGCUCGAUAUUUGUCUACUCAUGCUCUACGGGCAUAUCCUGUUCACCUCUACCAGCUAUACCUUCGCUUUGAAUUACUUCCUCCGGGCGCGAACGCUAGACCCUAUGAACCCUAUGAUCAGUCUCAGUGUGGGACUGGGAUACAUACAUCACGCGCUAAAGCGACAGGCAGACAAUCGCCAGUACCUCAUCAUGCAAGGGUUCGCCUGUGUGUUCGAAUUCUGCCACUCGAAGCUCUCAGGUACGCCGGGAGAGAGGAGAGAGGCCUUCUUUGGAGUCGCAAGAACAUUCCACAUGCUUGGUCUACAUCACCUAGCGCUAGAAUGGUACCGAAAGGUCCUCGCUUCAGAGGGCUCGGAAGGUUUCGAGAUGGCAGAACGGCAGUACAAUCCGAGCAGCCGGGAUGUGAUCCUGAGCGCUGCGUACAAUGAGUACGCCCUAUUCAUUAGUAGUGGAAGCGCCGACGAACUGGAGCAAUCUGUUUUGCCUCGGCUGGUCCUAUAG